AUGGCGCUUCGAGGCUUACGAUUGACUCCUUCAUUGACAGCAACACAACCCGUUGUUCUUGCACAACGUGCAUUCCAGCGUCAAGUGGGCGCUAUGGCUGCUCUCCAAUUCCAACAACAACAUCGCAUGUAUGCCAGCAACCGCGAUCAGCAGGGCAAGCAAGUCCUUAUUCGUGACCAUGGCGUCUUUGCCAACUAUGUCCCUCCUGAGCAGUCGCCUUCUAUCACCGACUUUGGACGGUGGCGAUUGACCAAGUGGCGUAACCUCAAGAAUGGUGUACAAAACAUGCUCAGUGUCGGUCUUAUCAAAUACAAGUCUCAAUAUGAAAAAUGGGAUUCCCGCAAAUUCCUUGAGGUUGCCGAGGAAACGUACAAGGAUAUGAACGAUGCCUUUGCAAGAGGAGAUCGUGAAGUAUUGGAAGAGACGUGCUUGGAUUCUAUGUAUUCGACUUUGAAGAAUCAAAUCAAGAACCGUGGUAGUGCUCGAUGGGAAUGGCGUUAUCAUGGCGAGGUUGAAGCACCAAAGAUUGUGUGUGUACGUUGCGUCGGCACAACGGGUCUUAGCAAGCAUGGCUUUGCAGUCGCACAGGCUACCUUGAGAAUGUACACCAAACAGUCGAUGGCUGUGUACGACAAGAAGAACCGAUUGGUGGGUGGUGACCCCAACAAGGUGCAUAACAUUUUGGAGUAUGUCGUUUUCCAAAAGACCAUCUCUGAUCCUGAAGACAUGUGGCGAGUGUACGGCAAGAUUGCUGCUCCAGAAAAAGUGCAACAACAAUAG